UUUGGAUAUCCAAUAUAGUUGUAGUUUUGGCUCUUCUUGUAAGUCUUGCAAGUUAAACUUAUUUUAUUUCUCUUAUAGUAACAGUGACAAAAUGUCGAAACAUCUUCGUUCGAACGUUUCCGGUGCCCAAAAGGCUAAUGUUGGUGUCACUAUGACAAAACGGUGACGUGUAUAAGCAAAUGAACCUUCACUUCCAAAUUCUUUGCAAGAUGAACUUGAUGUUCCUGAUAUGCCUAUCUCUAAUAGAACUACCCAAAGGGCUAUUGCUAGUACCAUUAUCCAAAGGCCUACUAUUGGUGACUCAAUGAAUGCACACGUUCAGUGCCAAACUACUAACCAGCCAUCAAUAAAUGCUACAACUGAAGGGUUGAAUGAUGCUAGGACAUCAGUCGAUAUCCAAGGAUCUACUAUAGAAUGUCCAGAAAAAAAAAGUGCGUGGAAAGACAAGAGGUUUAAAUGCUGAUAAGGUGCAUGAGCAGCUUGGUACUAAAAACCUGUGACUUUCAAGAAAGAAAAUGGCAGACCCACAGGUCCAUAUGCGGAAAUGUUUGCUAAUGAAAUUGGAUUCACCAUUCGGAACCAUGCACCUCUAAAUGUGAAAAAAUGGAAGGAAGUAAAACCAGAAGAUAGGACAAGUUUGAUCAAAAGAAUAACUAAGCAUUUUGAGCAAUUCUCAACAAAAGAGGAAGCAUUAGAAAAUAAACACAAAGAUGUUAAAACUGAAGAAGAAUGGGCUUUUUUGUGCACUUAUUUUUUUAGUGAAGAUUUUCAGAUUGUUUCAGAGAAAAAUUCUAUUAAUAGGUCACGUUUGAAAUAUCACCAUAAAGCAGGGUCGAAGUCUUUUAUGUCGCAUCAAGAACAGAUUGCUGCACAAUCAGGGGAGAUGCUAGGUGCAAUUGAACGCUUUGAAAUGGAGUACAAAAGCAUUAAAAAAGGUUGGGACUUGGGAGCGAAAGAAUUAUGGGAUCAAAUGGUUAAGAUGUGAACUGAGACAACCCUUCCUGAUGGGACUCGAACUAUGAAUGAUGAUGAAAUAUGUGCAAAGGUUCUUGGAGUAAAAUCAGGCUACAUCAAGGGUUGUGGUUUUGGCCCUAGGCCUCCACCAUCUAGCACUUCUCGAUCAUCACUAGAUGAAAUGUCUGAGAAGAAUAAAGAGUUAGAAGAUAAACUUGAAGAGACCCGAGAUACUAUAAAGGCUCAACAGGAAAAGAUUGAUGCACAAAACAUGCUGAUCCAAGAAUUGCAGGAGCAAGGCAAAAAGUUUGAGCAGUUCAUGGCAACCUUUAUGAACCAACAAGCAUCAAGUUAGUUAUGCGUAUCUAGGAUUUAGUAUCAGUUAAACAAGUUAAUUGAUUUUUGGAUCAUUUUUAGUUCAGUAUUGACUUUAGACUAUUCCAAUAAGUAGUUAUGGUAG